UAUCAUACACACAAGUAACAAUAUCCUACAAACCCACACCCACACCCACACCCCACACCCACACACCCACCCCCGACACCCACACCCACACCCACACCCACACCCUCUUUUCAUUGAGGAAUGUACAAUUCUCCUGCAAGUUUCUCUGGCUUCUUGAUAAAUAGAAUUCGUCUAUGACAAUGUUUUGUAAUUAUUUUAAAAUGUGAUUUUAUAUCUUUAAGUUUAUUGUUACAUAGAAAAAUCAAGAUCACAGUACGAGUGAGAUCAAUACUAUGGGAUUUUUCUAAUUGAAAUUCAUUUGUGACUCAUUUUUUCUAUAUUUUAGAUAUUGUUAUUAGUGAACAUUUAAAUUAUAAAUUGAAAAUUUAUGCUAUAACUGGCGACUGCCCGGCAUUGAAACUUGUUCUGAAUUUUAUUGCUCAUGGCGGUUAUUAUUGUUGUUGGUGGCGCUACAUUCUUGGCGAACAGAAGGGUGGCAAACGUCAAUAUGAAUUUGAAUUACCAAUGAUUAUGCGUGAUAGAGAUGCAUACAAAGAAGAAUCUCGUCUUGCUGAAGAUAAACAAAUUAAUGUAUAUGGACACUUUGGUGUAAGUGUUCUAUCAUCAAUUCUUGAUAUACCAUUGCCUGAUGCAAUUAUUAUCGAUUAUUUUCAUGUCACUUUACUAGGUCACGCAAAAGCUAUUGUAUCGAAUAUAUUUUAUAGUUUAAAACCAAUUGAACGUAUACAAGUUGAUAAUUGGUUUAAAAAACAAAAUUUCCCACAUUAUUUCAAUCGGAAAAUUAAACCAAUAAGUAAUUUUGGUUUCGUAAAGGCAACUGAAUUAAAAAAUAUUUUAUUUUAUGUUGCUUUGCCUAUUUUUCAGUUAUAUUUGUCCGUCGAAAAAUUAUCUCAUCUAGCAUUAUUUGUUUGCUUUACUCGUUUAUUACCUGGUCAAUCAAUAGUUGGAUUAGAAACAAACAAGAUUGCCGAUGAAUUAUUUCAACAUUUUUACCGUGAUCAUGGUGAACAUUAUGAAGGACUUCAAAAUUUAGUCUUGCAUUUACACGCACACUUUGUGACUAUGUAUAACAACCACGGUGCAUUAUCAAAUAUUGGAUGCUUUGGUCAGGAGGAUCUCAUUGGGUCUAUUGGAUUCAAUCAUCAUGCUACCAGAUAUUAUGGUGAACUAAUUACUUAUUAUUACAAUAUUGAUUUUGCAUUGCAUAAGAAGCCAACAAAAAUAAAAACAAAGAUCGAAAAACUUGAUCCAGUAAAUGAUCCUCAUGAUGAAUAUAAUAAUCUUCAUAUUGAACUGUGUGGUUGUGAACAAAUACGUCAAUGUUUUAGCAUUUAUCGUCGUUUCGUUAUUAACGACCGAAUAUUUCAUUCAUUGAUUUAUAAAAAACGUGAAAAUGAUGUCGAAGAUGAUGACGACAUCAGGACUUUCGACGAUGACGAAGAUGAAGUUGAUGAUAAUUAUAAUGAUGGUAACAGGCCGUACAUCAAUCAUCCAUCAACAAGUUGUUUAAAAAGACCUAGCGAUGGCUUUAGUACAUCUGCUUUGAAACGGUCAUAUAAUAAAUUUAAGGCAUCAUCACAAUCAAGUCAACGUCGUAACCGAGAUCGUUCAUUGCAAAAUGAUAGUCACCGUGAAUCCAACAUUACUGACACCCAUGAUUUGUCCGCUAAAAAUUCAUAUAGUCAUUAUCCAAAUAAAAUGACUGGUAAUGUUUCACGAUCAAUCUAUUCAUCACAAGAUGACCAUCCUCAUUCAAAUACAAAUGUUGGUAAUACUGAUCCAAGUUUGAUAAUUAAUGCUGAAACAAGAAAUGAUCAACUAUCGUCAUAUCGUGAUGAAAAUGAUAAAGAAAACUAUCGGGAUACGAUUCCAUGGAAUGAUAAAAAUUUAUUACAAAUUACUGCUCGUGAUAUUGGUGACUAUGGAAGAAAAAUUUUGGAUGCUUUAUUUACGGAAAAGGAAUUGCAAUCUAGUAUUUUGCCGUCACCAGUUGUACAUUUAUACGACAAAGAUGCUUUGGAUGAAGAGCGUUUCAAAAUUCUGAAUGCUAAGUGA